AUGGAGUCAUCCGACUGGGCGGAGUUGCUGGAGGACGUCCUUCUAAUAAUUAUGGAGCGGUUGGACAUCCCAGACCUGAUCCGCUCCAGCGCUGUAUGUGCCUCAUGGUGCGCCGCGUCUACCGCCGUCCGCCGCGCCCGCUUCCCUCUCCCAUCAUCGGCGAAGCAGCUCCCGUGUCUGUUCUACGCCUGUGAGGCCUACUCCCCGAACAACGCCGUCGUCCAUUGCCCCUUGACUGGCGAGUCCAUCCGAGUCCCUUUCCCACUCGGCGUGGUCACCGAACACUCCGUGGUCGGUGCGGGGCACGGUUGGAUCGUCACCGCCGACGAGGUCUCCAACCUCCGCCUCAUCAAUCCCAUUACCGGCGCCCAAGCCUGUCUCCCUCCUAUCACCGGAAUUCACCAUGUGGAGAAGAGCUUCACCGGUGCAGGCAACAACGGUGCCAUGAUGUACAACGUCUUCGUGAGUUCGACACCUGGGCUCGACCCAGAGCCACUCCUACUCACGGCGAAUGAGGCACGGGAAUGCAUGUACCAUCGGGUGGUCCUUUCCUGUAGCCCGUCCACCGGUGGGGGCGCUUGUGUCGCGCUGCUCGCCCAUAUGGAGUGCGGCGAGCUCUCGUUCGCCCGGCCUGGUGAUGAGCGAUGGACGUGGGUCUCGCUGGACAAACACCCUUGCUUCGGUGGCUUUGAAGACUUCUUUCACAACGAUGAUGAUGGCUUUUUCUACGCGCUAUGCUUCGAUGGAUCCAUCUACACCUUAGAUCUCAAUGGAGAUUCUCCUAUCGUGAGACAGAUCACAGGCAAAGUUCCACAACGGUGGUACCCUUCGGCCAUGUACCUCCUACGGGCGCCAUGGGGUGACAUCCUUCAAGUACGGAGAUGGAGGAGCUAUGUUGACCUGAUGGCAACAUCUUCAUCGGAGCAUCCAAAUAAUCUUGAGGUGGACGAUGACGAUGAUGACCUAGAUCCUAUCGUUGGUAUCAAUGAUGACAUGUAUCCAUAUCUAGAGCUCAAGACAACUGACAUUGAAGUGUUCAGAGUCGAUUUUGAUCGGAAAAAACUUGUGAAGAUGAAGAGCUUGGAUGAUCAUGCAUUAUUCCUUGGAUACAAUAGCACAAUGUGCAUUUCAACCAAGGAUUAUCCUAUGUUAAAGCCAAAUUGUGCCUACAUUACCGAUGACUCAUCUGAGUAUGUCUACAUGUAUAAGAAUAGUUGGCGAGAGAUAGGUAUUUGGGACAUGACAAGUAAGAGCUUACAGAGCUUUGCGUGUACCGAGAAUUCGCCUCCAUGGUUGAAUUGGCCCUCCCCGGUUUGGAUAAAACCCUCACUUUUCUAG